UAGGAUCAACAGGUGGACAGCUUUACUGUGCUUGUACAUGCGGUAUUCAGUCUUCUUGACAAGAACACCUUUAGUGUGUCGAUGGGACUAACAAAGUGCGUAUUUCUGGUUGCGAACCACCAUCUCCAGUGAUGACAAUCCGACUGUCUAGUGUUGUAACAAAGUUUUUACCAAAAUAUCCCAUUGUAAAUAUACAAUGUUGUGUCGCAGAGGUAAAACAUUUACAGUAAAAAUUUGCGCAUUAAUUGUCAUCGUUGUGUUGGCCUUGCUAUGGCGCAAGGAGUUAGUCCUCCAGUUUGAGGUCAUUAGCUACGGUCAUCAUCCGACACUGACUCUGUUCUCGGCGCACGAGCGAACGUUGAACGGCGACUUAGUGGUGACUGUGGUGGGGAUUGCGAACAGAGACCACGUAACGUUCACCCACGUGACCUGCCGUCUGACUGUCAGGAAGGAAAGGACCAGAAGCGGCAAUGGCAGUGUCUACUGGGACACGCAAGGAAACGUCUCAGUUUUACCUGAUCAUCAUGAUGAAAGGUACGGAGCGAUUUUGAUUGACUGCCCCCUACAUGAUGGACCAGCACGUCCCAGUUUCGCGUCCGUGAUCCUCAGUACGACCGACCCUGAUCUGUACACUGUGAGAGUACCUCCCCUGAAUCAGGACCACCCCGUCUACAGAUGGCGCUGUGCGUUCCGCCCAUCCAUGGCGGAUACAACAGAUGGAAGGAACUCAUUGAGACGCUGGAGCUGCUGCAAAUGUUGGGAGUCGAUCAUGCCGAGAUGUACAUCCUUGACGUCGGGCCCAACGUCACUUCCGUCUUAAUUACUACGUCACUAGCGGCUUCCUUCGCUUGCACGUGUGGCCAGACCCGCCACAGCCAGUCCACUACUUUGGCCAGCUGGCUGCUAUGCACGACUGUCUUCUACGCAUGCGCAAUGUCGCCAAGCUGGUCAUGUUCACCGACCUGGAUGAGAUCAUCUUGCCCCACCGCCAUGAGUCUUUGUCCGACAUGCUGCAAGACGUUCUCAAAGAACUGCAGGAUCCAGACCAAAUAGGAGCUUUCAAUUUUCUCAACACAUUUUUCGAGUCAGCCAGUGUCGACCUCUUGCAGCUGAACUCGAACUUGAACUCUCACCAACUGUUUCUCGCCGAUACCUUAGGACUACGGACAGUGUCCAGACUGUUGCAUAGAAAAAUCUUUAAUUACACCGAUCGCUCGAAAUGCAUUGUGGACCCGUUGAAAGUCACCAGGAUGGAAAUCCAUUAUGUAGGAAACUUUUCAAAGGGCUUCAGGUCGAUCACCGUUGAUCCCAGUAUUUCUUUGCUGCAUCACUAUCGUGUGAAAGAAGGCGAGGAAAGUCUUCUUGUUCGAGAAACUUCUGCCUUAAAAUACUCCGCGAGAUUAAUCAAAAGAGUUCAAAAUGUGUGGGCUGCACUCGGAGUUGAGACACCUGUAGGAGGGCAGCAUGGAGAGCAAGAAGGGACAAACCCAAAUUUAUUUUGUAGUUUUGGGGGAAUUUUCUGGUCUUCAAACUAUGGCGUUUAUGUUUGUGUCUGUUUGUCUCUGCUUGCUGUUUGUGGCUUGUCAAGACGGAGGUGUAAAAGGUAAUCAUUCCACAUCAAUCAUUGACAUUUGAAAGACUAACCUCAGCUCAUGAUAAUUUUCAAAUAACUAGGUUUAAUUAAUAGGUCGUAUCGGUUGGGUUCAGUCUUUUAGUAAUAAGCAUUUUAGCACCAGACUAUUUACCUGCACCGAAAGAAGGAAGGCAGCAGGACUUCAAAAGCAGGUUUGCCAGGCUGCGUCAAUAUUUAUUGCCUCUGGGUUGUCCUCCCUUUAGCUUGUAAAUCACAAUGUAUUUAUUCAAAGGGUCCAAUAUAUUUCCUAGACCUUGCUUGAUCUAACUUAACAAAACACAAACGCUUCUUAUUAAAAGAAUUGUUGACGAUCAUAUAAAUAAACUGUAGAGGUAUGAGGGUACAAUAAUACUCGGUAAAUUCGCUUUCAUUAUAAAACGAGAAUUUGUAAUCGGUUGACACCACCUUUUUGUUUAUCGAUCAGUUGAUUACUUUAUUUCCACAAUGAUAACAAUUUUUUUGUAAAUAUUUGCUUGAAGUGCAGGACUUGCAGUAUUCAUUCAAAAAA